GGGCAGCACUAACAUCAAGCGACUACAAAAUUAAAUUUUCUGGCUACACCCUGGCCGAACAGCUUUUUCCGUUUGCUCACAGCUCUGAUAACAGCUACUGUUUGCGGGAAAGCGAAACUACUGUUACAGCAUUGUAGGAUGUAUAUUUUGGACAACGGUUACGCUAUAAGUAUGUGGAAGGAGCCGUUUAUUUUAUCCCAUUAGUAGGUUAGUUGUUUUUGAACAGAAUUCGUGGAUAUAUGCACUCAGUGACAGGGAAGAAAGCACUGAGUGGGAUUCGUUAAUUUGACCAAAAAAUGCCUGUUGGCUGUUCUUCCAAUUUGCUCCGUGGGAAGCCUCUUUGAAUCGAUGGUCAGGUUAGGUUCUUUCAUAUGAGCCAAUCCUGGGCAAUUUGAGGGAACUUGGAAGAUAUCAGUUCUUUACAACCAGAUGCCAUUCAACAGCUCUUGCCAUCAGUUUUCUCGGACAGUGAAUGAGGAUGUCUGCUGUGAAGUCCCUAAUAAAAAACAGAUGUGAGCUUGUAGAUGAACUAGCAGAUCACAUAGACAGCAUUCUGGACCAGUGCUUAAUGAAAGAUGUAAUUAAUAAAGAUGACUAUGAGAAUGCAAAGUAUGAUCCUGGACCAAGAAAUAGAGUGAGAAAACUUCUGGAUAUCAUCUAUAACCGAGGGGAAGACACUGCAAAGGAGUUUGAAGCAUUGCAGCUUCAAAUAAAAGCAGGACAUUUAUCCAUCAAUGAAAGAAAACCUUGGCAUGACAAUGAGUAUUCCAAGAUGAUGCUGAAGCAUAAACAAGUCCUCAAAAGGAGAAAUGAGCCUAUGAUGUGUUACAACAUGAGACAUGGGGAGAGAAUCUAUUUAACGGACUACUUUGUUAACUUGCUGCUGCUUAAAGGUCACUGCAACCUUGAAACCAAGAAACACGAGUUACUAACAUUUGGUCAACAGCGUAUUUAUCUGCAGGAAAAAAUGCCAGAGAGAUUAAUGGUAAAACCUGAAGAGCUGUUUUAUCCAUUAAAUGACAAGAGAGUGCCCAAAAAACUUUUAGUAACUGGUGUGGCUGGAAUUGGGAAAACAAUGCUGAUUCAGAAGGUGGUAUAUGACUUUGCCAAUAGCCAGUUUUAUUCUGAGUUUGAUUUUGUAUUUCAUUUUACAUUCCGGGAUCUGAAUUUGAUUAAUAAGCCUGUCAGCCUAAGAAGUCUAAUACUGAUGAAAAAUGGUCAUUUGUCAAAAGUUCUAGAUGACAUAUUGGCUAAUGAUGACAAACUACUAAUUAUUUUUGAUGGGUUUGACGAAUUUAAAUUUUAUACCGAGCUUGACAUUGAUUGCUAUGUUUUUGACCCUACUGAAGAGGCUGAACUUGUUCAAAUAAUAGGCAGCAUCUUGAAGGGUGAAUUGCUUUCUGAAGCAUCAGUUUUGCUGACAUCUAGACCAACAGCAAUCAAUCAUAUCCCCCUUGACUGCGUUGAGAGAUUUAUUAUCAUAACUGGAUUUUCAGUGAAUGAAAUAAAUGAUUUCUUUCAAAAAUUUUACCAGAACAAGGAGCUGGGUAAAGCAAUGUUUGAUAUGGUGAAAGAAAACCCUUGUCUUUUUACUUUAUGCUACAUACCUGCCUUUUGUUAUAUUGUGUGCAGCGUCUUUAAGGAGACAGCAAGACUUGGUGUUGAGCAGCCUAAAACAAUGACGGACAUUUACAGCCAUUACCUCAUGGUGUUGAUAAAGCAUCAUUGGCAUAAGAAUUCUACUUCUGGCAAUGUUUCAGAAUGUGAUCAGGUGUCACAAGCAGUAGUUGGUUUGGGAAAGCUGGCAUAUACAAAAUUACUAGCACAUGAAACUCUCUUUUUUGAUCAUGACCUCAAAGCUAAUAGUGUGGACUCAUGUGACCUGGUCAACAGUUUUCUUGACAGAACCUCUGUCCAGCAGCCUGACUGUGUAGAAAAUGUGUUUUCUUUCACACAUUUAACAAUACAGGAGUUCUUUGCUGCAUUAUACUACGUUUUAGAAACUAGCCCUUUACAUGACAUAAUGAAUAUGGAGGACAGUAACAACACUCUUAUUGGUUCUGGCUACUUGGAUCUGUUUUUCCGAUUCCUUUCAGGUCUUCUUUCUGACCGAAACCAAAAGCUGUUAUCCAAACAGAUUAACUGCAUUGACUGUACUAAAUCAGAAUCUUAUUUAUCAUGGUUAAUUAAGAAUAUCAACAAACUUUGUGAAGAUGGGGCAUUCAUUUUAAACCAGCUGCAUUGCCUGUUUGAGCAGCGGAAUAGCUCGCUUGCAAAGGGCAUAACUCCUAAAAUUCUACGCAUUAAUAUCAGUGACAACCCCAUUUCCUUUAUGGACUUCAGUGUGCUAAAAUAUUUUUUAGACCUUGUAAGUGGGAACAUUCUAGAGCUGGAUAUGACUGCCACCAACAUAAGCAAUAGUUUGGUGAAAAGUUUGCAACCAUACUUAAGUCGAUGCAACAGAAUUUGGCUUGGGGAGAACAGCCUGGAUGCAGAAGCAGUUAAAGUGCUGGGCGUUGUGUUGGAGUCAGCCGACUGCAAGCUUGAGUGCUUAGGACUUGGAUGGACAAAUAUGGGGGAUAAUGAAUUAUUGGAGUUGUAUGAGCCACUGAAGCAAAACAAGAGACUAGAAGAAUUAUGGCUUGAGGGAAAUAACAUUGGUUAUGAUGGCAUUUCCAGAUUUGCUGAGAUCACUUCUUUCAAUUCCACUCUGCACACUGUAGUACUUGUGUGGAAUAAUCUGAAGGAAGAUGAUUACAUCAGACUGCAGACUUUCAUUGAAAGCAAGUUCAUUAUAACCAGCUUCAACAGUGAUAUUCAGUUUUGGAAGGAAUGGUGCUCCUGGAUUAUUCAACGAUGUGAAGUCAGCAAUGAUGAAAAACUUGUAAAUUUCCUUAGAAAAGUGUGUAGUGGUUUGUAUGUGAACAGAACCAUCACAUGGGUCAGUGAUAUGUACAGGAGUCUGGAAGACCUUCUCCGGAAACGAAUAGAUCACUGCCCUGCUAUGGAUAUUAAAAAGCAAAUGCGUAAGAUCUUGCAAACUCUCAUAUUAGACGCAUAAAUGCAAAACAACUAAAAUUUGACACCAAGUAAGAGAACUGAUCAUCUAGGAAUACCGAUUGUACCAGAACUGAAGGAAUUGGUGGUGGCGGAGAGAAAAUGUUGCAUUACAACUGCCAGAGCUGAACUGUUACAUUAGAAGAGAAAGGAUUGUUAUGGUCGGGCAGACUUUAACAACAUAUGGUGAUAUUUUGUCAUAUGAUCGGGAAGUUGCAAUUUAUCUUUUUAUAUUGGCUGUGGAAGGAGUGACAGCAGUUAUUUUUUAGUGAAACUUGUGCUUCUGCCAGUCUUUGCAGUUACAAAGAUGAAAGACUGAGUAACAACUGCACAUCUCUGAGUGGUUAGACUAAAGCAAAAGCUAACAGAAGACCAGUGCCUUCAGGGCUAUUGCUUGAGUGUUUGAAGAACUUCCUUGUGACAGUAGGUUACAGUAUUGUUACAAAUGUUUCAUGCAUGCUAUCAAACACUUAAAGUAGUUUAUUUAUUUUAUAUUGAAGAAAGUCAUACAUUGUCCUGUCUGCAGACAGUGUUGAGUGUCUACAUUUAACACAAUGUGAGGUGACCAUAUUUUUACUGAGUUCAGCAGUCUGAGUUUUUAAAAUAAGAUGUUGUAUGAGAGGCAGUGUUACUUCAAAAAUUCCUUUUGUAAGUUUGAGUACUGUAUGCAUUUCAUUUUGUCUUUUGUUUCCAUUCGCUGAUAAUCUAAAGGAAUCCAGAAGAGACAUUAUUAUGUUAUGGCAUUCACACCGGAGAUUCUUAAUAUACUGACUGAGCUGUCAGUCAGGCAAGGAAAACUUUUAUAUUAAAAGGGUCAAUAUUUUAUGUCGGUAAGUAGACGUGUCCUUUUGAAAUGUAUAAAUAUUUUCUUGUUUUGUUUAGUAACGUAAAGUUUUACUGCCUAGCUUUUCAGUAGCUUUGUUAUGUUAUUUCUCAGGCCAUGUGGGCACUAACUUUCAGAAUUGGCUUAGAGUUUAUUUUAUUAAAAUGUGAUUGGAAGGGAUGCUAUUUCCCAUUUGUAGGUGAAAGAUGAUCAUAUUAUUUUGAAAGUGAAAGAAGAAUUGCGCAAUUUUCUGGAAAAUAAAGUGAUAUAAAAGGUU